UGCAGGGAGAGGAGCCGAUGUGUGAAACUACAGGUUUUCCCGACGUGUUGACUGCUGCCUCUCUCAGCCUGGGCGUGAUUUGGCAGCACAUGGCUGCGUUUUUACUCUGAACUGAGUGAGAAAACUUCACGAUUGCUCCAAACUUCUGCGUCUUAGCUGAAGUGACAUGGUAUCAUGUGAACACAGACACUAAUGGAGGCAUCAACAGCUGUCUAACAACCUGAGGCGAGAUGAAGCUGAAUGUACUGGCUCGGCCAUUACACUGGGGUCUCCUGCUUCUGUGUGCAGUAAGCCUCUGCAGCCAGCAAGUGUCCACUGGCAACCAAAGCUCCCGAGGACAGCCAGGUAGAUUGUCAUUGCAGGAGAGGACAGGGAUGUGUGAAGUGGUUGCUGCUCAUCACUGCUGCAAUAAGAACAAGAUUGAAGAACGCUCUCAAACAGUCAAGUGCUCCUGCUUCCCAGGUCAGGUGGCUGGGACAACAAGGGCUCUGCCCUCUUGUGUUGAAGCCUCCAUUGUGCGUCAGAAGUGGUGGUGUAAAAUGGAGCCGUGUCUGGAGGGGGAGGAGUGCCGAGUUCUCCCUGACCUCACUGGCUGGUCAUGCAUCUCAGGGAACAAAGUAAAGACCACAAAGCUGUCUUACCAUGCCAUUCCACAACAUCUGGAACAUCCGCUGAUGAGGAUCCGAUGAUGAGGAUCAUCUGAUCUGUCUACAGUGGAGCUGCAGAUGACACUGACACAUCUGUCUCACUGUCCCAACCUUUGAGCUUGUCCAAGGUUAAAAAAUAUAAUCCCA